AUGCCAACCAACUCCGCCGCCUGGCUCACUGCCGAAAAAAAGACCCCCCUCGAGAUCGGUCCAGCCCCGUACACGCCUCCGCGCGAGAAUGAGGUGGUGAUCAAGAACGGCGCAGUUGCCAUCAAUCCGGUCGAUUGGAAGCUGCAGUAUCUGGCCAUUUUCCCCCAGAACUAUCCCAACAUCCUGGGCCAGGACGUCGCCGGCGAAGUCGUCGAGGUCGGGAGCGCUGUAACGCGCUUCUCCCUCUACACUGUCGUGCCGGAACACGUCGUCUCGCCCAUCCCCAGCAGCCUGUCCUACGAGGCCGCUUCUGUCUUGCCCUUGGGGCUGUCGACCGCCGCCGUGGGCCUGUUUCACAAAGAUUUUCUGAAUCUGCAGCGUCCAUCUAUCCCCAGCCACAAGCCCACGGGCCAGACACUCCUCGUCUGGGGCGGCGCGUCCAGUGUUGGCAGCAACGCCAUCCAGCUGGCGGUCCAUGCCGGCUACGAGGUCAUCACCACCGCCUCACCAAGGAACUUCGACUAUGUCAAGAAACUCGGAGCCAGCGAAGCGUUUGACUACAACAGUCCGACCGUAGUCGACGACCUGGUGACGGCCCUGAAGGGCAAAAAGCUGGCUGGUGCUUACGAUGCCGUCGGCGUGUUCCACCCCACCUUGGACGUACUGACGCGGCUAGGGGGCGAGCACUUCAUCGCAACGGUGCUCUCCGUGCCGAAGGACUUGCCCAGCGGCAUCUCUGCCAAAGGGAUCUAUGCUGUCGUCGCCAUCACCGACGUCGAGUUCGGUCUGUCCAUCUCCCGGGAUUUCCUGCCGCAGGCGCUGGCAGAGGGCAAGUAUGCCGCUGCUCCGGAGCCGCUGGUCGUUGGCAAGGAACUGGAACAUGUGCAGGAGGGAAUGGACCUGAACAAGAAGGGUGUGUCUGCGAGGAAGGUGGUCGUCAGCUUAUAA